CCUCUAAAAUCUAAAUAAAGGCCCUCUAAAAUCUAAGCUCUCGGCCUACAGCGCAAGUGACAAAAUAUUGAGAGCGGCCAAUCGCAAGGGCGACGGGGAACGUUCUCAAUCCUUGUUCUCGCCCCAGCCGAAGAUCGGCCAUGGCCGCUGAAUCCGCCGGAAAAUCUAUUGCUGUCUCUUCUUCGCGCAAGCCCUUCGACUUCUCCCCCGACUCUCCUCCGAGACUCUCCCUCACGCCUGAUCAGUUCAAGCACUGCUCCGAAGCUCUCAGAUUCUUCAAGGAUAAGCUCCAGAUGCCGGAGAAGAUCCGCCAGGAGUUCGCUUUCUUGCAGGCCAAUAGGAUGAGACCAUCUGAAAUGAUGAGAAGCUGCACUGUGGCUCUUGACAGUGUCAAUUUGAGCAAAAAUCGCUACACAGAUGUCCUACCAUUUGACAAAACCAGGGUUGUUCUCAACUCAUGUAAGGAUUACAGACCAUCAGCUAGGGGCUAUAUCAAUGCAAGCUUCAUUGAGACUUCAUCCACCGAAAGCAUUUCUCGGUUUAUAGCUACACAAGGUCCACUGCCACACACCUAUGAGGACUUCUGGGAGAUGGUAAUCCAGUAUCAUUGUCCUGUUAUUGUGAUGCUUACUCGGUUGGUUGACAAUUACAAGACGGUGAAAUGUGGAGAUUAUUUUCAGGCAGAGGAUGGUCCUAGAGAAUUUGGUAAUAUAUUUAUCGUUACUAAGUGGAUUAAAACUACCGAGACCUCGUUGGUGUUGCGUCAUUUGGAGGUGAACUACAAAGAGUCAGAAGAGCCAUCCUUGUCUGUUUUGCAUAUUCAAUAUCCUGAAUGGCCUGAUCAUGGAGUUCCCAGAGACACAUGUGCUGUUCGUGAAAUGUUGAAAAGAAUGUGUCAUGUACUACCCAGUCUAGGCCCAAUAGUGGUGCACUGCAGUGCAGGUAUUGGGAGAACAGGAACUUACUGCACAAUUCACAACACAAUUCAAAGGAUCCUUAUUGGAGAUAUGUCUGCCUUAGAUCUUGUUAAUACCAUAACCACUUUUAGGUCUCAGCGAAUUGGAAUGGUUCAAACAAUGGAGCAAUUCCUUUUCUGCUACAAUGCCAUUGUGGAUGAACUUGAAGACCUCAUCUCAGGCAAUGAAACAAACUCAAAAUGGUACACAUCCAUUGCUUCUUUUACUCCGCACUUGUGCUGUCUGCAGCAUGUAAGCUGCAUUUGUUAGUCCAAAUUUACUGAUUGUAUUACUCAUGGGUAAAGCAGAUGCUGAAUGGAACUAGAAGAAACCAGGUGGUAGAAUCCUUGUCAAAGUUGGAGAAAUCAGCAUGCUUAACUGCUCCCACUUCAUGGUUUGUCUCAAUCAGCUGAGUUUGAUGCCCCAUUUUCCUGUUAAACCUACGAACAAUGCUAAACAACUGAACUAGUUAGUCAUUUGGAUCCAGUUGACCUCUCUCCCUUUUGAACUUACAACGAGACAGGAGUGUAGAAUAAUUUGAUCAUCUUCUUUAACAUCAAUCAUUUGUCAGCAAAAUAAGCAGAAUGGAGCUGGAAGUAGAACAUUUCAAUGGGCUAAAUGCUGCAAGAUCAACAAAUCCUUGUUUGUCUA